CUCAGUCACUCACUCAGUCCGCCAGAAAACCAUUAGCAGGCAAGUAGUUUGCUUAUUUAUUACCGUUAGAAUUAGUUUUUUUGUCUCCCUAAAGCCUUAGUCGUUGUAUCCUGGAUGUUUAAUGUCAACGAGGAAGAGGGAAUUUUCAGACGUCAGACAGAUACAAAGCCUGACGAUGUAACUCAGUGACAUCACUAACCCCGGCUUUCCUCUGGCUCUGCACUGCUCCGAGUGUGUUCACACGUUAACGGAAAAAAAGAUGGACGUCAGAUGGGCGUCGCGGCCGUAUUCGGCGGCGUGAUGCGGGAUCUCCAAACAGGAAGUGACAUCGUUGUCAGAUAAGACGAGCAAAUCUUCCAGCGUUUCCGUCCCGUCCGACUACAUCUGUGUACAUUUCGUGAAUUAUUUUCGCUGCCUUAUUAUUAUUACAAGUCGUGAACAGUGAGAAUCAAAUGCCUCCGUACCUCAUGAUCUCAGCACUCAUUUUCUCCAACACUAACAAGCCUUUUUUAUAUUUUUAAUCAGCUGUAUAAUCCAACAAUGAGAAUUUUUUAUUUAUAAUGCCAGACUUUUAUUUAUUAGUGUUUUCUCUGUCAUUAGCCAUUUUUUUUGUUCUUGUACACUGAGCACUAGAAGCUUGGAGGACGUAAUAGGUGUCAGCAUUCUUUCUUCAGGCAAUAAGGAAGUGCAAUCAGGGAUCAAUCUACCUGCUGACGUGAAGUUUUUUAAUCUAGGCACCAAAAAAAAAAAAAAAAACACCCAUUGACUAUAACUGCUGUCUGGGAAUGUUAAUCUGUCCAAAUGCUUUGUAUCUGAAACUCUAAUGAGGAACACGUUCAUGUGACUCGCUCAAGAUUUGUAACAACCUAGCCACAGGCACUGACUCCUUUAUUUAUCCACUGCUCCAAAGCACACUUUGUCUGUACCGUCCAGACGUCUGACAUUUAAACACCUGCUGAAUCCCUGGAAGAGCUUGAAAACCAAAGUGGAUUCUUAGAUCACGCUUGUAAAACGCACUAUUUACAAAACGCUGUUUUCGACGCAUAAGUCUAUGGCCAGAAACGUCAAUAUAUGAAGGCGGGUUCAGAGAACGAAAUGAAAAACAAACAAAUGAAGAAAGAAAACACUUCCAAGUUCCCGUAUCACAAGCUGAGCUCCUGAAAGAAAAAGUUGGAAGAAUUUUUUUUUUCUUUUCGGCUUGAAAACAGUAACGGUUUAUAAACUCCAUAUUCGCUCGCAUCAGCCAAUCAGUUUAAGCGCUAAAGAAACUGUGUUUUCUCGAGAUGGAUUGCGCAUCUUGCAUGAGGAAGUGAUAUUCGCCGAGAGAGAGACGGCUGUCAGAAUGCGCUCUCCGAGUCCUCACAGUCCGUCCCCGAACUCUUUCUCCACCCAGGAUGCUUUGCUGCACGGGCAGUUCACUGACUGGAGCUUGGGUGGGAGCUCAGGGGGGAGCAGCAGCAGCGCUGACAGCGGCCCGAACAGCCCUGCAGGAAGCGUAUCAUUACCCUCCAGCCCUUCAUCGUGCACUUACGUCCUCACUCUAACCCACACUCAUAUUCACGUGCAAAGGAUUUGUCCCCGACCAGGGAAGGGAGCCCAAGUCGUGCUGCCUCUCUCUGAACUGGUGGGGUGUAACUGCAACCGGGCGCCUGCCCCACCACUGUUGGUCCUCUAUUGGUACCCGAUGGGAAGGCGGCGCAGGGGCGUGGCUAAACGCAGGCAAGUGCGUGCUUACCUGGCCGAGAGCAGAGCGGAGGCAGAGAAAUGGAACACAGCCGUGCAGUGCCUGCUGAGAGGGAUCGACAUCGGCGUCUACACAGAAUUCAACAAAAGCUUGUUGCCCCGCCCACGUCGCUUGCUUCUAUUGGUCAAUCCAUACAGCGGGCGGGGUUUAGCAAUGCAGUGGUGUCAGACACACAUUUUACCGAUGGUCAGUGAAGCCAACAUCAGCUACAACCUCAUACAGACAGAACGGCAGAAUCAUGCCCGGGAGCUGAUCAGAGAGAUUUCUCUGCAUGAGUGGGACGGCAUUGUCAUCGUAUCUGGAGAUGGACUGCUUCACGAGGUGAUUAAUGGCCUCAUGGACAGGCCAGACUGGGAACAAGCAAUUAAAACUCCAGUGGGAAUUUUACCGUGUGGCUCUGGCAAUGCACUAGCUGGCUCCAUUAACCACUAUGCAGGAUAUGACAUGUGCCUUCGUGAGCCCCUCCUCAUCAACUGCUGCUUCCUGCUUUGCCGAGGUGGAAUCCGGCCCAUGGACCUGGUGUCCGUGACAACAAGCCCGCCACCUCUGUCUGCUUUAUCCGAUCAGAAUGGACGACCCUCAUCACCCAAGAGACUAUUUUCCUUCCUGUCUGUAGCCUGGGGCUUUGUUUCAGACGUGGACAUUGAGAGUGAGCGUUACAGAGGGCUCGGUUCUGCUCGCUUUACAUUGGGCACACUAGUGCGUUUAGCAUCUCUGCGCUCCUAUAAGGGUCGCUUAUCUUAUUUGCCCCCCGGAGGGGCAAAUUCAACCCCAGAUGUGCCCUCCCAGAUUCCGCACCGUCCCCUUUCCCGCAGCAUCACCGAAGGAUUAGAAGGAUUCUGUAGAAUGCCAAUCCAUCGCACCUGCUCAGAUAUGGGCCUCAGUGAACAGAGGAGCCUCCGAAAGGGGGAUAGAGAGAGGGAGAGGGAGGAAAGAGACAGAGAGAGGGAGAGGAGAAGAGGGAGAGGAAGAGGGAGAGGGGGAGGAGUGGUGAGGGUAAGCAGUCUUGCUGAGGACAGAGAGAGAGAGAUGGAGGCAGAGGAGAGGAUGGGGGGAACAUCUGGGUCCAACGCAGACUCAAAUGGACGACUGGAAUCUAACGAGGAGGAGGAUGAAGAAGAUGACACUGCAAAAAAUGUGACAGAAGAGGGUUAUGAUGUAGAUGAAGUAAAAGAGGUGGAGGUGAGGAUGGAGGGCGUGUCCGGAUCUAGUACAGAGUCAAGUGAAAGACAGGACUCUGAGAGGAAUGAGAGAAUUUCCACAAAUGAAGGAGAGGAGGAGAGAUGGAAUGGCGUGGAUCGAGCAAGGGAUUUGAAAGAAGAAUAUAGUGCAGAUGAAGAGGAGGCAUAUUCUAAACCAGACCAACGAAAGGCACUUCGUAAAAAUUCUGCACCAUCCAGCCAGAUCGCUACAGCCUUCUUUAGCCGGCCAAUCGGAGCAGAUUCCGAACAAGAAGUAGAAACACCGGCAUAUGAAAGGGAAGAUGAGGACCUCAACGGGACUUUUUUCCACCGUAGUGCAUUUCCAGUGGACCCUGCACGAGAACGAGCGCUCACCAUUUCCUCACCAUUCCGUCGUUCACGGUUUUCCCUUUCUAAACUCAAAACCUCAGUGGACCAGAACCAGAACCAGAAACCAAAUGUGUCUAAGCCCCGCCCUCUCUCCCUCCUCCAACAAUCCAAUUCUAACUCCCUACCACCCAAAUUUCCCCCGCUAUCGUUGUCCCUUUCAACAACCCCUCCUUCAUCACCUUCCAAUAUGGGCACACAUACCUGCCUUCCAGGCUCCACCUCCUCAUCUUCCUUCUCCUUUGACCUGGUCCAACCCGGUAGGCUUCUUAGGCCUCGUCCCCCUGUUACCUCCCCUGUGGAUCCACCCCCACAAGAUGAUCUCUUACCUCCCCUUGAUCAGCCGCUGCCUACUCGAGAUUGGGUGACUGUUGAAGGUGACUUUGUUCUAGUACUUGCUAUCUACCAGUCGCAUUUGGGUGCUGAUUUGUUAGCAGCUCCGCAUGCAAAAUUUGACGAUGGACUUAUUCACCUGACUUUUGUGAGGGCCGGGAUCUCCCGGGCAACGCUUCUCCGCCUCUUUCUGGCAAUGGAAAGAGGCACCCAUCUGUCUCUAACAUCACCUUACGUAAGCCAUGUUUCUGCUCGAGCGUUUCGGCUGCAGCCCCUAUCGCCACGGGGGACGCUAACUGUGGAUGGAGAACUCGUGCCCUACGGACCCCUGCAGGCACAGGUCCAUCCGUCCAUGGCUCGCGUCAUCGUGGGAGACUCAGGAGUGAAGAUUACUAGAUUCUGACCUGAAAACUGGACUGAUUGUUAUGCACUCUUUGUACUGCAUAAUGCUAUGCUAAUAACACUAUGCUGUCCACUUCUGAGAGAGAGAGAGAGAGAGAGAGAGAGAGAGAGGAAUAAAUAUAGCCAGCAGCUUCAAUAAAAGCAAUAGAUUUUAAUUACAUUUAUUUAAAAGGGAUUACUGGAUCACCAGUCAGUUUAAUAAACAGAUGACAAAUGGACACUAAACUACAUGUGGGAAUAGUAACUACUGCUAAAUAUAGGUGAUUGAAUCUUUUAAAAAGAGAGAUGAGCACCCCAGUGUCUAGUUUUCCGUUGGAGUAGACGAUAAAGAUUUCCUGCCUUAUUACAGACAAAGAAAAAGCCUAACCUUUUAGGCACAUACCAAUCUGCCAUCCUGUCUUUUGAAACAUGCAAAAUUCUCUGGCCUUUUUACACCCCACACCCUGGUUUCCCCAUCUGUUUUACCCAAUAUCAAUUGUCCAAGUUCCUCUUAUUUUGCACCACCCUUGGUUCUCUUCGCCAGCAUGUCCCAAUCUGCCAAACCUCUCCACCUUUUUGCCUACUUCUGCAAUUUCUCCUCUUCCUCAUUGUCUCCUUCAACCAAUUUAAUGCCAAUUCCCGGAUUUCCAGAACUCACAUUCUUCUUCCCCGAUCUUGUUGUAUGGAUAACACUCUUAAGUCUUGCUCCCAACUGCUUCUAGCAUCCCCAAUAUAGUGUGAUCCACCAGUCAGCCAAGCUUUGCCUCCUUCCCCUGUUAACCCACAGAACCUGUUGUCCCUUUUAAACCUUGUCCAUUGGUUUUCCUGGCUGCCCAGUUUGGAUCCCAAACUACCAAGUGCCUCCUCCUCCUUUUUUGGUAUGCCACAGCUCCUGCUUCUGCUAGCUUUGUCUGUCAUUCCCUGAUGCCUGUUUACUUGCUGCCAAUAUUUGGACCAGGUCCUAAUUUACAAAACCCCUUUUCAUACAAAAUGCUGCCUUUUACCUUGCAGAACCAUUUGGCCCUCUGAAACUCUACCAUAGCCACACCAAUUUUAGGGAUAGUUAACCAAUGAUUUAAAGUGACUAUCUGACCUAACAUUUUCAGAUCAGAAAUGUUCUAGGCGGCAAUCUUCCAACUUCUUCAUAUGAUAUUUUAAUAUUGUAACCAAUUGCAAGAACUAAUUUAGUUAAUCUAAAUCCAAGCCUUUUAGUAAUUAGCUUUAACGAGGACCAUAGAGAAAUGUGCGUAGUUAAUGAUGUUUAGGUAGCAUAUGAUCAAGCAUACUUCGGGGAUUAGGUGAGCGUAGCUCACAUUAGGCAUGUGCCAAUAAUCAGUCAUACGGAAUAUCACGAUAUACACUCACUAUCCACUUUAUUAGGUACACCUGUCCAACUGCUCGUUAACGCAAAUUUCUAAUCAGCCAAUCACAUGGCAGCAACUCAAUGCAUUUAGGCAUGUAGACAUGGUCUAGACGAUCUGCUGCAGUUCAAACCGAGCGUCAGAAUGAGGAAGAAAGGUGAUUUAAGUGACUUUGAACGUGGCAUGGUUGUUGGUGCCAGAAGGGUCUGAGUAUUUCAGAAACUGCUGAUCUACUGGGAUUUUCACACACAACCAUCUCUAGGGUUUACAGAGAAUGAUCUGAAAAAGAGAAAAUAUCCAGUGAGCGGUGCCUUGUUGAUGCCAGAGGUCAGAGGAGAAUGGCCAGACUGGUUCGAGCUGAUAGAAAGGCAACAGUAACUCAAAUAACCACUCGUUACAACUGAGGUAUGCAGAAGAGCAUCUCUGAACGCACAACACGUCGACCUUCUCGGUACUAGAAGGUGUACCUAAUAAAGUGGAUAUUGAGUGUAUUGUAAAAUGCACCUUGUUAUUAAGGACACUUGGCUCUUAUAUUGUGCACUGCAUUAUAAACUGCAUAUAACUGAAUAGCAUUAUAAAGAGUGUGGCCUUCUGAAGACCCCUAUUUUGGACAAAUUUGACAAAAAAGUGUCCUUAUUAAAGAAGGCAAUCCAAUCAUUUCAGUCACCAGAUGAAUAAAACGUCUGAAAAUAAUUAUUGCUUUUAGCAAUAUUUUUAAACGCUAUUUCAUGAUAAUGACGUAAUCUGUGAUAAUCAGCACAUCCCUAGUCAUUAUAGGAUACAGCCAUUCGAUGGCAUUUAUUCUGAUCUAAGUAUAUUUAAUAGUGCAUUUGCCUGAUUGUUUAAGCAAAAAGCAUGCAAUGCUGAUGUUCAUGUGAAGUAAUGCAAGUUGCACAAUUGCUAAAAUUUCAUUUCAAUUUCAUUUUUUUAAACCAAAUUUAAACUCUACCCAAGCAUUCAAAUGUUUUACUUAUUUUGAAAUGUUUAACUACUCGGUUAAUUUAUUCAUUGUAUUAAUGUAUUUUGCAUUUAAAAUUUAUGCUCGAGAGGUAAUGUUGAAUUUUCUUUUUCUUUUUUUAUUUUUAUUUUUUAAAGCAAGAGGGAAAUUCUUAAAAAGAUUAAAAGUGGAAAAAUAUAUAUAGUAAUAUAUAAUAAUAACACUUUUUUCCCCCAAAAAAAUAUGAAACAAAAAUCGGCAACUUAAAUCUUAGAAUACAUCAAAUUGCUUAUUACUUUUUCAAAUUCUGACAAAAUUGACAUAUUUAAUUUGGACAGUAUCAAAUGUAGAAGUCUAAUGAAUUCCUACUACAUCAAUUAAAAGAAUAUGUGAAUGGACACAUUAUUCCUCUUGUCUCAAAUUUUGUCUCUUAGACAUUUUUGGUAUCUGAAUUUUAAGUUUGUGUUGGUGGUACGAGGCCGACGUAGCUAAAUAGUAGCUAUUGGCUACUUGUUUUAAACAAUAUUAACAAUUGUGUGUGACCUCUGGCAAGAUUUAUCUGAAUAAUAUCCAAUUCUUUUUAAGCUUCAAGUCACAAAGCUAAUUACAUUUGGGGCAGGAAAAGUGUAUAUUUCAGGGUUUUUUUUUUUUGUUUUUUUUUUUCCUUUUUUGUUUUUUUUUUGCCGAUUGGACUCCUGGAAUCUUGGACAUGUUCUGAGCACUGGGCUGUGUUUCAUUUCGUUUGGUGGACCAUUGCUUUAGAGCAGCAUAAGACACUUCAGUAGUAAUUGAACCGCUGCUUGGUUUCAUGAUGCCAGUUAUGAUGUCUUGUUCAAUAGAUGCUUGUAAUAAACUUGUAAUUAUUACUAAUAGUCAAUGUUAAAUAAAAA